AUGUAUGACCGUACAACCGUUCAAGGUGCUACUUUUAACAUGCAUGGUCAACUGUACAGCGGGCACCCCAAUGACACGGCUUUGUCCUGUAGUCCAGUGGUCAUUGCACUGGGCUCUGAGUCAGACGACCUGGGUUCUAGUCCUGGCCAGGUACCAACUGGUUCAUGGCUACAAGAGUGUUGCAUCUCUUUGUCACCAUCAAAUGAUACUUUGGCUGUGGCUAAAAAUGACAAAGCUGUUUUCCUGGCCAGCAGAUGGAACAAGCCAUCAGAUAGCCAGCCAAGUACAAAAUAUGAAAUCGUGUGGAGUGGUAGUCUUGCCACAGAGGAAGGGGAAUGUAUUACAGAUAUAUUGUGCAUACCAUUGGCUUCUCAACACAAAAGUUCUCAAGGAUCACCAGACUGGACUUGCAUUGUGGCUGGAUUUACAUCAGGAUACAUGAGGAUCUAUUUACAGAAUGGAUCCCUUUUGCUGUCACAGUUUCUUCAUGAUAACCCAGUGUUAAGGCUUAAAUGCAGAACUUGGCAAUCAUAUAAAAAUCAUGGCACUGCUGAGCAGGUUGAAGAACUUGCCAUCCUGUACCCAACUGCAAUGGUUAUUAUUGAUGGUUUUAGUCUGUAUCAGUCACUGAGAGCUUGCAGAAACCAACUGGCAAGAGCUCAAGCCAGUGGCCUAUCUGAACUCAUUGGUCCCCCUCCUCUUGCUUACAAAAAAUGGAGAUUUGAUGGUCAAGGGCACAUCACAGAUAUUGCUAGUUGUGGUGUUGUACCCCCUAAUAUGUUUGAUCAGUUGCAAACAGCCUCAUUCAUCGGAGGUUUCCAUGCAAGCAUCAGAGGUACCAUGCCAGCCAUGUCUCACUACAUCAGCACAGGGAAGGAGCCGUUUGUGGCAGUCUACACUUCUCUGGAGGGUAGUUCACCUCCUCUUAUUUCUGAUGUUGCACUGGCAGUAGCUAGCAAAUUAACAACAGCAGUACUGUCAAAGCUCUCAGCAGCAAGUGGUUGGCUUGGAUGGGGUACCAACCCUGCCCGUCAGUCAACUGAAACAACAAAACCUGCAAAGCCCAAGGUGGAGAAAGGAACUUCGUUACCAGCAAGAUUUGGGUUGCCUGAUACACAUCGUCAUGGAACAAGCAUCACACUAGCUCCUAAUGGGCGUUUGGCCGUCACAACUGAUGAUUUUGGUCGAGUUAUGUUACUGGAUGUUAAAAAGGCCAUUGUGAUUAGAAUAUGGAAAGGUUACCGUGAUGCUGAAUGUGGCUGGGUAAUGGUUAGUGAGGAGGAUCAUCAAGAGGAGGAACCACCCAAGAGCUCAUUGAGAACAGCUCUGUUUCUUGUUAUUUAUGCCACAAAGAGAGGAAUCCUUGAGAUCUGGAGAACUGAACAGGGGCCACGUGUGGCUGCCUUUAAUGUUGGAAAGGAUUGUAGGCUCUUGUAUGCUGGACAUGGAAUCAUGGGAUUAGGUCAUGUGAUCAAGCAGGGGCAGGCUCUCCCACAGCACACACUGAAUUGUACUCUAAUCCAAGGGGAUGGUACAUUGAAAACUUUCACUGUACCAUUUCACUGUGCCCUGAGUGACAAGCACAGUAAGAGAGUCAGAGAUCUACACCUUUUAAAAAAACUGUCAGCUCUUUUGGAUUCAAUCAAAUCUGGCCAAGAGUCCAAGGCAGAGAACAUAAACAAACUGGAAAAGGAUUUGUUAAAUAUUCUCAGUGAAAUACAAACUCCACAACUGCAUCAGCAGGGUCUUCAGUGUGUUUUGUCCACUGUGGGAAUUCCUUCCUCUGUCCUUCUCAAAGCUGUGACAGCUGUCAAGGACACAGUUCAAAAGCAAAUGGACUUUUGUGAUGUUCAGAGGCAACUAAUAGAAACACAUGAUUCAAUCCAAAAGCUUGACAAAGAAGAAGAAUCAGGCUCUGAGGAGAAACCCUGGAAAGGAAAGAGUAAAGAACUAGUAUGUGGUCUUAUUUAGGCAGUGGUCUAUUAGUAGUUAUUAGUGCAGCAGGCUUAGUGUUGAGAGUUAUUACCUUGGCUGGGUCAUUGUGUUGUGGUUGUGA